AAGAGCAAUUCUGGCUCAGGGGUGACUCUUCAAGGCGGGCGUCGCGCCUCGCGCGGUCCAGAAGCAGGAGGCCGCGCCGCGUCAACGAUGGCGAGCCGACGCGUCCUUCUUGUCAUCGCGCUGCUGGUCGUAGGACAGCCCACCCUGGUGGUCGCCGGGGGGGGGGCAUGACAACGACAGCAGCGGCCUCCCCAUCGGCGACGUGGACGAGGACACGGGCGGAGAGCAUGCCGGGGUCAUCGGAGAGGAGAUUGCGAAGCCCAUCAUUUGGGUGCAAGACCAUGGUGCCGACUGGCUGCUGGAGAAGAUGUUGCCCAUGGUUGCGGAGGAGUACAGGUACGUGACGAUGUACUUCAUUCGCGUCGUCUGGCCGCUGUUUGACAUUCUUGUACUGUCUGCAGCCGUCCAGCAAGCCUACCAAGUGGGCGGCUGGAUGCUCACGAGGCCCCUGACCGCAAUCCGGCUCAUCCUCGUGCACGUCGUCCCGCUGUUCAUGAUCGGUAGCGCCGCCUUCCUCACGCCCUGGCCGUGCUGCUCCCGAUGGCAGCAAAUCUGGCAGAUCCUGCUGGGCAUGGACACGGUUCUGUACGUGGUCACGUUGCUAUACGCUUCGUGCGACAAGGAACUGAGAAGGUGGUUGACGGACGAUGGCAUGGGAGUGGCGUGUGUGGUGCUGAUGUCAUUGAUGCCCGUACAGACCACAGCUGCUUAUCGUUAUGGGGAACAUCUUUAUAUACCUAUGCUGAUAAUUACUUGUGCCGAAGUGGCCUGCCUGGCCGCCGCCGCCGCUCAGUGGCUCCCCUUUUGGUCACCUGGCGAGCAUUGCCACCCGUGCGUUGCAGCGACGGCUGCGUACGUGGCCAAGCUCCUUGGCGGUGUUGUGUUUUACUUUGUUGACCUGCUCCGGCCGCUUCCAAUCCUUUUUGGCCAUGAGGCUAACAGAAUGAGGCAGUUGCCAUAUGCGCAAGCUGCCACACCCGAGUAAGGGACUGCAGGCUGCCAAAGUGCAGCACUGGGGCCCGGGACUGUUUUUGCUCGACCUUUGGCGCCGGCGGAGUCCCCGCCAGAGCGGCUGCAGCUGGGCAAAGCUACCACUGCAGCGCAGGACGCCCGCGAGCACGCCCUCCCCAGCGAAGAACGCAGCGCCGUGUCAAUGGC